CUGCUAUGCCUGAGUUGGAAGAUGGGGAAGAAGAGCCGAGUAAAAACUCAGAAGUCAGGUACAGGAGCCACAGCGACAGUAUCUCCAAAGGAAAUGUUGAAUCUAAUUAGUGAGUUAUUGCAAAAAUGCAGCAGUCCUACCCCGGGUCCUGGUAAGGAAUGGGAAGAAUAUGUACAGAUUCGUUCACUUGUUGAGAAAAUUCGCAAAAAGCAAAAAGGUUUGUCUGUUGUCUUUGAUGGAAAAAGAGAUGACUAUUUCCCUGAAUUGAUAAAGUGGGCAACUGAAAAUGGAGCAUCCACAGAGGGUUUUGAAAUAGCUAACUUUGAAGAGGAGGGGUUUGGAUUGAAAGCAACAAGAGAGAUAAAGGCUGAAGAGUUGUUUCUGUGGGUUCCUAGAAAAUUGUUGAUGACAGUUGAGUCAGCUAAAAAUUCAGUAUUAGGAUCCCUGUAUUCUCAAGAUCGAAUUCUUCAAGCCAUGGGCAAUAUAACACUGGCAUUCCAUCUUCUUUGUGAGCGAGCCAACCCCAGCUCUUUCUGGCUGCCCUACAUCCAGACACUCCCCAGUGAAUAUGACACUCCUCUCUAUUUUGAAGAAGAUGAAGUGCAGUAUCUUCAGUCAACUCAGGCCAUACAUGAUGUUUUUAGCCAAUAUAAAAAUACAGCUCGACAGUAUGCCUAUUUCUACAAAGUUAUUCAGACCCAUCCUAAUGCCAGCAAACUGCCCUUAAAGGAUUCUUUCACUUAUGACGACUACAGAUGGGCGGUUUCCUCUGUUAUGACACGGCAGAACCAGAUUCCAACAGAAGAUGGUUCCAGAGUUACAUUGGCUCUAAUACCUUUAUGGGACAUGUGUAAUCAUACUAAUGGACUGAUCACUACAGGCUACAAUUUAGAAGAUGACCGCUGUGAAUGUGUAGCACUUCAAGAUUUCAAGGCGGGAGAACAGAUUUACAUUUUUUAUGGCACUCGGUCAAACGCUGAAUUUGUGAUCCACAGUGGUUUUUUCUUUGAUAAUAAUUCACAUGACAGAGUGAAAAUAAAGCUUGGCGUGAGUAAAAGUGACAGGCUGUAUGCUAUGAAGGCAGAGGUCUUAGCUCGUGCUGGUAUCCCAACUUCUAGUGUUUUUGCCUUGCACUCCACUGAGCCUCCAAUCUCUGCCCAGCUUUUGGCUUUCCUUCGAGUGUUUUGUAUGAGUGAAGAAGAGCUGAAGGAACACUUGAUAGGCGAGCAUGCCAUUGACAAAAUCUUCACUCUGGGGAACUCCGAGUUUCCCGUUAGCUGGGACAAUGAAGUUAAACUUUGGACAUUCCUAGAAGCCAGAGCAUCCCUUCUUUUGAAAACUUAUAAAACAACUGUAGAGGAUGAUAAGUCCUUCUUGGAGACCCGUGACCUUACUUCACAUGCGAUAAUGGCUAUCAAAUUACGCUUAGGUGAAAAAGAGAUCUUGGAGAAGGCAGUAAAGAGUGCAGCUGCUAGCCGAGAGUAUUAUACCAAACAAAUGGCAGAUGGAGCUCCGCUUCCUAAAUAUGAAGAGAGCAAUAUUGCCUUGUUGGAGAACACUGUGGCAGACUCUAGACUCCCUAUUGUCUUGAGAAACCUAGAAGAUGUGGAAGAGCAAGGGGACUUAAAGAUUGAUGAAGCUAUUGAUGCUGAAGUCACAGAGAAUGGGUUUGUAAAUGGUGAAAACUCUCUAUUUAAUGGGACCAAAUCAGAAAGUGAAAAUCUAAAUAAAGAGAAAAGCGACAGAGAGACUGAAGAUGCCAAAGAAUCUUCUUCAGAAAGUACUGAUGAGGUUAAAGAAUAGUCCUAAAAUUUUACUUUCUUGUGAAAUUAAAUUAGCUGAAGUUUAUGAACAGUGCAUUUAUGUUGGCGUGUUUCUUUGUUAACAUUUCUCUUUCUGAAGAGAAAAAUGUUUUUGCUGCUUUAUAUAAAAAAGAAUUUUUAAGUUAUUUAAAAGAUUUAGCAUCCCUUUUCAAUUAAGAUUGCCAUCUUGCUUUCAGGCAAAAACUGGGGAAAGAGGUGCCUUUGGAAGAUUUUGCAGCCCUUUGUUGAACCAAAUGUAUUUUCUUCCUGGGGAAGAAUUAAGCUCUUCUAUCUGCUGUGCUUUUGUUGUUCUGUCACUCUGACUACCGAAAUUAAAAGCUUGCUCUGCCUCCUGCCAAGAAAAGCAGAAGGCAGGACUGACUCGGUAUUCAGCAUGAAGGUGGGAGAGCAGUACAGCAGAAAACUGGAUAAGAGGAUCAGAAACUUGGGAGACUGGAGGAAAACCUGUUUAAAAUCAGGUGUGCCAGUCCAGAAAAGGUAAGGUGGCAACCUUAUGAUUGGUAGUUUUAAACGUUGAUGAGAAUCCAAAUUGUAUACACUUAAAGUGAUCUCUGAAGAUUUCAGUUUACUUUGUCUUUUGUUUACUGUAUAAAAAUAUCUCAUCUUUCUUCUUCAGUCAGAGUUAGGCUGCUACAAUACCACAUUCACCAACUUUUAAAAGCUGACUUCGUUUUAUUUCCAGGCGGUACCUUUUAUUUAGAAGAUUGGCAGUGCUACUGGAGAGUUUGAAAGCAGAUAGGCCAAGCCACAGCUUUAAACUGUACUGUUCAAAGUGAGGUCGCUUCCCAGCUUCUUCAGGUUUUCACAACUAGCUAGAGAUUUUCAAAGCUACACUUUUGACUAAACCAUUAUUAAAAGGAAAUAUGAUUAAUA